CCUCCAUCAGAUACUCUUUGAAACAAGACCAGCCACUUAAAAUAAAAUGUGGCAUUUGUUAUGAAGGCUUCCGUGGCAAAAGAAACACUCACCUCUAGCAGACAUGCCCGGGGAACAUUCUGCAACGUGGUGGACCGGAGAGGAAUGCGCGCUGGGGAGAGCGCUUUCCAGCUGCAGGGCGUGUCCUGGAAAAGACAGCAUCCUUUCUUUUCUCUUCUUUUCCUUUUUUAAGUCCCGGCCAGCUUCUGUCCAUAUUUGAACAUGAUAUCAGGGUCGUUGUAUGAAACCUCCAAUCUGGAGCGAGGCGGCGGCAACAACAGGAAGAAGAAGAUAGAGGAGUUCUCUAGGUCUUCCCGGGAGAAGCUGGUCCAGUCGAAGAACAAGAUGUUCUCCAAAUUCACGUCCAUUCUCCAGCACGCCGUGGAAGCGCUUGCCCCAUCGCUGCCCUUGCAAGAGGACUUUGUCUAUCACUGGAAGGGCAUUACGCAUUAUUACAUCGAGACUUCUGACGACAAAGCUCCCGUCACCGACACCAACAUCCCGUCCCACCUGGAGCAGAUGCUGGACAUCCUGACCCAGGAGGAGGCCGAACGGGAGUCCGGCGAGACGGGACCCUGCAUGGAGUACCUCCUGCACCACAAGAUCCUGGAGACCCUCUACACGUUAGGCAAAGCAGACUGUCCUCCUGGGAUGAAGCAGCAGGUCCUCACCUUUUACACAAAGCUGCUGGCUCACAUCCGCCAGCCCCUGCUGCCACACAUCAACGUGCACCGACCCGUCCAGAAACUGAUCCGCCUGUGUGGGGAUGUUCUGGCUGCACCUACAGAAAACGAGGAGAUCCAGUUUCUCUGCAUAGUCUGUGCCAAGCUGAAGCAGGACCCCUACCUCGUCAACUUCUUCCUCGAGAACAAAUCAAAGAGACCGGAGACGAAGGGUGCGUCUGCAGCAGAGGGGGUGAAGGAAAGUGUCCUGGCUCCAGACACCGGUCAGUCUCAGGCGGACCCGCCUGGUGAGCCUCCAGCUGCAGCUGCUGCCUCCACCUCCAGCCCAGCUGCUAACAAUAACAACACCAACAACUACAAUUUGGUCAGCUCGCUGCUUAACCUCACAAAGAGUCCGGACGGCAGGAUAGUGGUGAAAGCCUGCGAGGGCUUGAUGCUGCUGGUCAGUUUGCCGGAGCCGGCCGCCGCCCGGUGUUUGACGGAAAACACGGAGCUGUGCGAGCACCUCACCGACCGGCUGGUCUCCUUCUAUAAAGCCCUGCCUCCCUCCAUGGACCCCAUGGACAUCGAGACGGUGGAGUCUGUCAACUGGGGUCUGGAUGUGUAUAACCUGAAGGAGGACGCCGCCGUCUUCGCGGGGAAACGGGCUCUGAUCUCAUUCCUGUCGUGGCUAGAUUACUGCGACCAGCUCAUCAAGGAGGCGCAGAAGUCAGCGGCGGCGGUGAUGGCGAAAGCCGUGAGAGAAAGGUUCUUUGUGUCCGUGAUGGAGCCGCAGCUCAUGCAGACGUCCGAGGUGGGAAUCCUGACCUCCACGGCCCUGUUGAACAGGAUCAUAAGGCAGGUGACAUCAGAGGCGCUGCUGCAGGAGAUAGUUUACUUCCUGCUGGGGGAGGACGAGGAGGCGGAAAGCCCGGCGGCGGCGGCGGCGGCUCACAACCCACUCAGGCACAGACUCAUCGAGCACUGUGACCAUCUGUCAGACGAGAUCAGCAUCAUGACGCUGCGGCUGUUCGAGCAGCUCAUCCAGAAGCCCAACCAGCACAUCCUGCACAGCUUGGUGCUGCGCAGCCUGGAGGAGAGGAACUACCUGGAGAACAAGCCGCAGGAGGAGCGGGAGCCCCUGGAGAACGGGCAGCCCCACGACGCCGUAGACCUGGAGGAGGACCCGCUGUUCGGAGAUGACCUCUCCCCAGACAGCCGGCUGUCUGGCUCCGAUUGGCUCGCCUCCUCCCCCCAACAAAGCCCCGACCACACAAAGGCUGACGGGAAGACGGAGGUCCACAAGAUAGUCAACAGUUUCCUGUGUUUGGUGCCUGAUGAGGCCAAGUCCUCGUAUCACGUCGAAGGCACCGGCUACGACACCUACCUCAGAGAUGCACACAGACAGUUCAGGGACUUUUGUGGCAUCUGCCAGCGGUGGGACUGGAGGGGAAGUCCGAAGCCUUUGGAAAAGUGUAACCUGGAGAUGCCCUUCUUCGAGGGUCACUUCCUCAAGGUCCUCUUUGACAGAAUGGGCCGCAUCCUCGAUCAACCGUACGACGUCAACCUGCAAGUGACUGCCGUUCUCUCCAAGCUGUCUUUGCUGCCGCACCCACACCUCCACGAAUACCUGCUGGACCCGUACAUCAACCUGGCCCCCGGCUGCAGGUCCUUGUUCUCCGUCAUCGUCAGGGUGGUUGGAGACCUGAUGCUGAGGAUUCACCGCAUCCCAGACUUCACCCCCAAGCUGCUGCUGGUGAGGAAGCGAUUACUGGGCCUGGAGCCGGAGGGAGUCACCGUCGACCACAGCACGCUGCUGGAAGGCGUGAUCGUGCUGGAGGAGUUCUGCAAGGAGCUGGCGGCCAUCGCCUUCGUCAAAUACCACGCGGCCGCCUCGCCCUCGCUGUAGUCGCCCCCCCGCUGUGCUCUACCGUCUGGCCGGGUCGGGACGGCAGAACAUGACCACUGCAAGACUGUCAGGAGCCCCGCCUGGACGGGUUUCAAACCCCCCACCCCGCCCAGCCAGCGGAGGAGGACGGGGAUCCAGGUCCACUGGACAUGUCUCCCCUCACUGCCCUGGUCCUCCUCCAGCCGUCCUCCACCUGCAGAGUCAGUGUGGCGUUUUAACAAAAGCUUUUCUCUGUGAAACGUCCUCAUCAUCAGAGGCAGCGAGGUUCCUACAGGCUGGACCGCAUGGAGACAGAUUUCUAUUUCCAGACCUUCUUCUUCUUUUUUCUAACCCCCCAUGUGUCCUAACCUCCAGUCCUUCCUUUACUCCUCCCUCGCUUCCUUUCCUUCCUCCAUGAACCCUGGAUAAUUGAGUCUGGAAAGGUCUUAAAUUUCUGCCUAUUGUGCAGGAACCACCAGAUAAGCUGUAGAGAGAAAACAAAAAAA